AUGUCACUGUCACUAUCAUUCGCUCUUUUUUCACUUCUCUUUUUCCAAGUUUUACCGAUUGAUGCAAAGAGCGUAAGGGAUAUCUUUCCGUUUCAUUCGCCAACUUGAUUUCUCUUUUCUUUACAGAUAACCGUAUCAGUUCGACAAUAUAGCGCUUUGAAGAGAAAUGAAAUACGUGGAAUCGAGAAUCAGUUCUAUUACUUCCAGUUUUGCUCUUGUCCAAAGACAUUCACGGAUAGAACUAUUCUAAAACAAAUCAAUCAGUGUAUCUGUUCAGACGCUCAGAAGUACGUUUAAAUCUUUACCGUAAGCCAUGCAGUGUUCAAUUUUAGGGGGAAACGAUUGGAAGACUCUAUUCCGCAUGCUUCUUUCUUCUCUAGCUCUAAGAACUGUGCCAAUGGUGUCUGUCUGAGUGCAAACAUCGAAAAUGAGGUAGGGUAUCGUAUCUCACAGUUUGCGCCCAUCUACCGUAUCCAUUACAGCAAGCGGGAAGGGUGUUUGUGAAAGUGUUCAUUGGUUCGAAUGUUCUCACAUCUCCGGACUAUCAGAUGCUUCCUAUCAGAACUAGUAGAAGUGAUGUUAUUCUCAAAACAAAGAAAAGUUCUAAGAUAAGACUGUCCUAUGUGACAGAACUCGACGACGACGAACAAACAUCUCAAACUGAAAUUGAGAAUUCGCAUUGGAGCAAUUCCAUUUUACAUGAUGCGAUGGGCGGGCUUUCCGGCUUCUUCAGCAGGAUCACAAGCCAGAAGAAAGCAGAAAUCAAGCCUACAGUGGUCGGGAAAAUGGAUGCUGAUGUGAAACAUUUGAGUAGUGUAAGCAAAUCCUAAUCUCACUAGUAAAAAGUAUCAUUAACUUCUAUUUUUAGAUGGGAGCUAUUAAAAACUUUAUUUUCUCCAAGAGCCGAGUGGAUAAAAUGGAUCCCGCUAGAUAUGACGUCUCCGAACUGAAGGACUGGAUAGUCUCCUACCACAAUGUCUACCGUUCCAAACACAAUGCUCCUGGCCUCGUCCAAGAUCAAGUUCUUCAUAGCCGUGGAAAACGAUGGGCUGACGAACUGGCUUAUCACAAAGGAUGUCUUGUUCAUGAACAACCAAGAAAGUGAGUAGCGGCAGACAGACGAACGGCGCCAGGGUUUCAAGGUGUGAAAGCAAACGUUCAUGUUUCAGGUACGGAGAAAACCUGUUCUUCUUCGGGGCUCGUCAUCUGCCAUCACCGCAAACCCUCGCUGCAGCUGUUGUUCAAAGCUUUUACAUCGAGGGAAUCGGAUACAACUAUUCAAGGUAAGUACUGACCGGAACAAUUAGAGAACUUCUCGUUGACCGGUACGUACUUUACAGUUGGCGACCAAUGUCCUACUUCAAAACCGGCCACUUCACUCAACUUGUCUGGAAGGACUCUCGCAAGAUCGGCGUGGGCGUCUCAAUAGUCAAAGGCAGUUCCGUCCGUUCCCCGUGCAUCUCUUCUUCCUCUAAUAUGUACUUGAUUUUUGUUGUUGUUAAGUAUGAUCCUGCCGGUAACUUUGAAACUCACAAAGCCUAUAUGGAGAAUGUCAAACGACCCGAAGCAUAA